AUGGAAGAUCGAGAUGCGAGUAGAUUUAAUCAAACCGAGUGUUUCCGGGUUUUAGGAAAUAAACUGAUCUGCGACUGCAAGCUGGCGUGGAUCUGGGGCCUGAGGAACGAGACGAAGAACACCAAGCUGCGGGAUUCUCUCGAGCAGCUCACUUGCUUCCUGGAGGGCAAUAACACGGCGCUGAAGAUCAACAACGAGGUCCUCGAAUGGAACGAGCAGCAGCUCGAGAUAGCACGAAACUCAGAGGAAUCCUGGGGCGAGAACUUGAGAGACGGCGGCGUCCAGGACGCGGGGGACGCUUACAUGGACGACGAGUACGACGACGCCGAGGACUACGAUGAUUCCUCCUCGAAUUCCGAUUCUCAGCCGAAGAUAUUGAUGGUCGAGGGUAAGUCGCACUACGUGAGGAACUUGUUAGAUCUGAAACUGGAAGAGCUGCCGUGUCCGGAGCCCUCGAGGGAGGAUUUGAUGGCGUCCGAGCAGCCGUCGAGCCGUCACGAGAACGCGCGCGUCGGUUCUUCGGGUUCGAUCUGGUUCUCGUCGUCGUCCCGUGUCGGCGUCGACUUGUCCGUCCUCUCGUGCUCCGCGUUUCUCCUGCUCUCGGUUUUGUUCACGUAGAACCGGCUGGCAUCCACGGACGGCCCACCGAGCAAACCGGAACGACGGCCCGCGCACUAAAACGAGCGCACGGUUCCACUUCCGGUUGUACCACGGGAAGGCGUGCGCGUGAUCGCGUCGCGCGCAGUGCAUGUAUGCGUGUGCGUAUCGUCGCGUUUCUCCUCGGUUCGCGACAGAAGAUCCGAUCGAUCGAUCGUCCCUGUGAAUCCCUCUUUGCUCUUAUUCAUCGCCGGUAGAUUCGACGAGUCGUUCGUCAUUUCACGGAUCAAGCGACGGAACAUUACUCAAUAUUGAUUACAAAAAAUUCCAUAUUGAUGAUCGACGACAGUCGUCAGAGGUUCGAACCUCUGACGCGACUCGCGAAUCUCCCUGAAUUAAAUUUAGAUACAGAGCGGCGGACUCGUCGCAACUUGAAACUUGCCAGGAAUUGAAUAAGGUCAGAUUUGGUAUCUCGGGAAGCGUCGGUCAUCGGACGACAACGUGGUAAGGCAAGGUGAGUCCCUAAACUUUCUCAGAUACGACUCGAAUCGAUUAGUUCUUCUUCCCGCGAGGAAUAACACUACCGGCACGAUCGACGGAUCGAUGCUUGGAUCCCCGAGGACGCGCCGGAAACGUGUCACUUCGCGUCGCGACGCCCGUUCAACGAUAUUAGAUGAGACAUCCUUGUUUCCACCCCCGCCCUCCCCUCCCCAUUCGGCAGACCGAGAUUCAUCUUUUAUCUAACUAUUUAUCAAUUCGUGUCUGCAAUUUUUAUUUCAAUCGAAUAAGAAGCUAGUCAAACAAGUAUUAAUCAAACGCAGAAUGAAUCACGGUUUGUCUUUUAAAGGAUACGAUCGAUACGUGAUCGUUGAUCUAACGUUUAACGAGAUCAUUGACGUAAGUCUAAAAAUUUUUUUACCAGCUUUUAUUAUUCAAUUUUUGACGCGCCUUUUACUUCGCAAUUUUUAUAAUUAUCAUUCGACUGUGAAUAUUUACAUUUAUAGAAGAUCUAAACGUGCAAAAAUAUAUACAUAUACAUAAUAUACGAAAUUCUACAAAAUCCCAAUUCCAUUCCACUAGUCGGAUUUGUACAUGGACGUGCACAACAAGUCUACUUAUAUACAUAUACAUUAUUAUCAGUCUAACGUAAUAUGUAUAUUGAUAUGGCGACUCUUUUAAUAGCUCGAUCAUAGAAAAGUUUGUACAUAUACCAAAGGACGUGGUGCAGGUCAGAAACGAUCUUCGCGUGUUUUAU